AUGGGCUCCAUCCCACGCAGCCCUUCGGGGCCGGCCGGGCAGGCGGGACGGGGAGGCGGCGACGGGCGGUGCGCGCUGCCCCGGGCGGGCCGGGGGGCUCCGGGGGACCACGGAGCGGGCUCGGCGACGGGGGGCGGGCCUUACCGGAGCGCCCGGCGCGGCUCUGCUCUGCUCGGCGCCCGCCCCUGCUCCGCGCCCGGCUCCGCGCCGCUCCGCCCCCGCCUCCGCGAGGAGCGCGGGCAGCCCGCCUGCUCCGCGGCCGCGCUGCAGUCCCGCUCCGGCAUGCCCCUCGCCGGAGGAGCACCGGCCGGCACGGGACUCCGCCGCCUCGACCCGCGCUCUGCCGGGCUCCGCCGCUCGCCGGCAUGAAGCGCCCGGCGCCGGGCUGCCGCCGCUGAGGAUCCCCGCGGCACGGGACCCGCGCCCCAUGGGGCAGCACCGCGGCCGCUGAGCCCCGCGCCGCCGCCCGCCGCCCCCCACCCCGCGCCGGCCGCCCCGC